AUGCUCCCAACAUCAGAUGAGGAAUCGGUUGGGAAGAUCACAUACUACACCAAUAACCAUCUUGGAAAAGGUGCCGAUGGAAUUGUGUUCAGGGGUUACUUCCUUUGUGAUGAUGCCAACAAGCGUCCUGCGGCAGUGAAGAGAAUUGAACUAGCAAAACAAAGCAGUGCUGAUCGAGAGGUCGCUUUGCUUCUUCAAUUGGACGACAAUCCCCAUGUCGUCCGGUACUUCUGCACUGAGAAGGACAGGCAAUUCCUAUACAUUGCCAUCGAGCUGUGUGCCGCCUCUUUAGAUAAGUGUUUUACUAAAGAAAAACCUUUUGACCUUCGUGGACUGAAACCAGUGAUGCUGCUGCAACAGACCAUGAUAGGACUGGAACACCUGCACUCUCACAACAUAGUCCACCGUGAUGUGAAGCCCCACAACAUCCUGUUGAAAGACCACUCUGACUCAGUCACGGUCAAGAUCUCAGACUUUGGGAUGAGUAAGCAGUUGGCGGACGGCAGACAAAGCUACAGCAUGAGGUCGGGAGCCCUUGGCACCAUGGGCUGGAAUGCCCCAGAGGUCCUGGAUGACAGCAGGGAAGUAAACCCUACCAGUGCUGUGGACAUCUUCUCUGCCGGCUGUGUGUUUUACUAUGUGUUGACAGCAGGAGAACAUCCAUUUGGAAAACCCAAUAGGCGGGCUGGUAACAUCGAGGAUGGCAAAUACAACCUUGACAGAUUACAGAAAGACAAACAUGAGGACAUCGUGGCCACAGACCUGAUAGAACAGAUGCUGAGCAUGGAGCCCCAUAGGAGGCCUUCUGCUGAGAGCGUGCUCAAACACCCCUUCUUCUGGAGCCUGGAGAAACAGCUGCAGUUCUUCCAGGACUUGAGUGACAGGAUAGAGAAGGAGCCGCUGGAUGGACCAAUUGUAAGGAAGUUGGAGCGAGGGGGGCGGGCCGUGGUGAAGCUGGACUGGAGAGAACACAUCACAGUGCCUCUACAGACCGACCUAUGCAAAUUCCGGUCGUAUAAAGGAGGGUCUAUCAGAGAUCUUCUCCGUGCCAUGAGAAACAAGAAGCACCAUUACAGGGAGUUACCAGCAGAGGUCCAGGAGACUCUGGGCUCCAUCCCUGAUGACUUUGUCUCCUACUUCACUUCCCGCUUCCCCCACCUGCUGCGCCACACCUACCUGGCCAUGCGCACCUGUGCCCACGAGAGGUCCUUCCUUCCCUACUACUCCAGCUCAGAGCAGCUCUCCUGGAUACGGACUCCCUACACACACCCCGGGCCCAAGGCCACAGAGCUGCUGCAGACACACACGUCGCAGCCGGAGGAACCCACACCGUCAAACACAGUACCCUCACAGCCUGAGAAGGUGUCAAACACAAUUCCAUCCACAGCACCCAUACAGUCAGUGACCGUAUCAGACUCUACACCCAUACAGUCACUGUCAAUCACAACAACACCCCCACAGUCAGUGCCAACCACAUUACCAGCAGAGCCAGUAUCAUCCACAUCAUUACCAGUCCAACCAGUACUGCCUACAUCACCCUCAUCCACACUGCCAGACCUGCCUCCACAGACAGUGUUGCCCUCAGAACCCCCCACACCCUCAGAAACCCCCCUUACAGAUCCCGUCCCACCUGAACCACACAUACUGCCAGUGCCACAUCCAGCCACACCGGACACGGCGCCUGCCUGAGAGCCAACGAGGGUUGGU